CAUCUCGUUGGCGCCGUAGCGGAAGGAGCAUACCAGUGUUUUCCGUAGUCAUCGUUAGCUAGCAGAAGAUACCUUCCCCGACCGUUGUUGUCCCAGAUAAAAUAUAUCUGUUAUUUAGCCAAGUUUAUAUUUGCCAAAAUGCCGUUGGAAAAUCUGGAAGAAGAGGGUCUGCCUAAAAACCCUGAUCUUAGGAUAGCACAGCUGAAAUUUUUGCUCACGAUGGAUGGUCACCGACAAGAUGUUAAAGUGAAAACCGAGCUCAUGGACUCAAUAAAAGAAAACAGUGAGUAGCUAACGUUAGCCAGAAAGUGCCGGUACUGGCAAAGUAGCAAGCUACUGGCUUCUGCCAAGCUAAUAAACCGAAAAUAGUAACGUUAGCCAUAUAUUUCGUUUACAACAUAACUACGUGGCCUAGCAAGUCAUGCUAGCUAGCGUAUCCUAGUCUAGCUUGAAAACCAGUGCUGAAAUUGCUAACGUUAGCUAGCUACUGUAGUUAGCUAACUCGCCUAGCACAUCUUUGUCGGUAGUAGCGAGUAGAGUAGACUUGCUAACUAACGCGUUAAGAUGGAUAGCUAACUAGGUACACUACACUGAACAAAAAUAUAAACGCAACAUGUAGUGUUGGUCCCAUGUGUCAUGAGCUGAAAUAAAAGAUCCCACAUUUUCAAUAUGCACAAAAUGUGUUAAUCUACAAUGUUGUGCACACAUGUAUUUACAUCCCUGUUACAGAGAAUUUCUCCUUUGCCAAGAUAAUCCACCCACCUGACAGGUGUGGCAUAUCAAGAAGCUAAUUAAACAGAAUGAUCAUUACACAGGUGCACCUUGUGCUGGGUACAAUAAAAGGCCACUCUAAAAUGUGCAGUUUUGUCACACAACACAAUCCUACAGAUGUCUCAAGUUUUGAGGGAGCGUGCAAUUGGCAUACUGACUGCAGGAAUGUCAACCAGAGCUGUUGCCAGAAAAUUGAAUGUUAAUUUCUCAAGAGAAUUUGGCAGUACGUCUAACCGGCCUCACAACUGCAGACCACGCCAGCCCAGGACCUCCACAUCCGGCUUCUUCACCUGCGGGAUCGUCUGAGACCAGCCACCCUGACAGCUGAUUAAACUUUGGGCUUGCACAACUGGUUAAUUUCUGAACAAACUGUCAGAAACCGUCUCAGGGAAGCGCAUCUGCGUGCUCGUUGUCCUCACCAGGGUCUUGACCUGACCACAGUUCGGCGUCGUAACCAACUUCAGUGGGCGAAUGUUCACCUUCGAUGGCCACUGGCAGGUUGGAGAAGUGUGCUCGUCACGGAUGAAUCCCUGUUUCAACUAUACCGGGCAGAUGACGUCAUGUUGGCAAGUGGUUUGCUGAUGUCAACGUUGUGAACAGAGUGCCCCAUGGUGGGGUUAUGGUAUGGGCAGGCAUAAGCUACGGACAAUGAAGGCAAUUUGAAUGCACAGAGAUACUGUGACGAGAUCCUGAGGCCCAUUGUCGUGCCAUUCAUCCUCCACCAUCACCUCAUGUUUCAGCAUGAUAAUGCACGGCCACAUGUCGCAAGGAUCUGUACACAAUUCCUGGAAGCUGAAAAUGUCCCAGUUCUUCCAUGGCCUGCAUACUCACCAGACAUGUCACCACCCAUUGAGCAUGUUUGGGAUGCUCUGGGUCGACGUGUACGACAGCGUGUUCCAGUUCCCGCCAAUAUCCAGCAACUUGUCACACUCCUCCUCAAUGGCGGUGCAAACAUUCCAUGAGGCAUUUGCAUGAGGCAAAUGGUGGUCAUUCCCAGUCGUGGAAUCCAUAGAUUAGGGCCUAAUGAAUUUCUUUCAAUUGACUAAUUUCCUUAUGUAUUGUAACUCAGUAAAAUCUUUGUAAUUGUUGCAUAUUGCAUUUAAUAUUUUUGUUCAGUGUAGUUAGCAUCACUGUCAGACAUAAACCUUGCCAGAAGAUACCGAACCUACCGUUACGUUUGUUUACACUGAGCUGCACUGGGGUCGGAACGCAAUAAUUUUUACAUUAAGACACCGUGGAGCCAGCACGAGAUAUGGGUCGUAAAACAUACCUCAAUGGCGGGAUGGGAUAUGCCACUGUACUUCAGAUUUUACCUUUAUCCACACUGCUCCAUUAAGAAGAUUGAAAUACUGAUAGUUUUCCAGGAAAACUGCAAUUUUUGCCCUCAUGCUAGCUAGCAGUAUGGAGUACAGUGGCAUAUCACAUCCCGGCAUUGAGGUAUGUUUUCCGACCCAUGAUUGCGUUCCGACCCCAGUGCAGCUCAGUGUAAACAAGCUAACGGUAGGGUCGGUAUCUUCUGGCAAACAUAAACCUAUCCAUAUCAAACUGCUACUUAGUCAGUUAGCUAGUAGCUAACUAGUUAGAUACUCAAUAAAUGAAAUUAGCUAGCUAACCAGACACAUAUUGAAGAAAAAUUGCUAGCUAGCUAGAAUGUUGCCAAAGGUUACAACUGUCAAGUUGAAGCUAGCUAGCUAGUCACUAACGUGGUAGCUGACGAAUUGUCUCUUGUUACAGAUAUGGCACCUUACUACGAGAGCCUGUGUAAAGACCUGAAGUGGCAGCUUGACACAGACCUGCUGAGUAAGAUGAAGAAGGCCAACGAGGACGAGCUGAAACGCCUGGAUGACGUCCUGGAAGAUGCCGAGAAGAACCUUGGGGAGAGUGAAAUUCGAGAUGCAAUGAUGGCUAGAGCUGAAUAUCUCAUCAGAAUUGGGAAUAAGGUGCUUUUGCAUUCAUAAGCUGUUAGAUUCAGAGCAGAGGCCAAUGAAUCAGAAGUCAUGUUAAAUGUUAUCAGUCGUAGUGCCAUGGUUGGACGGUGGACCUUAUACAAUAUACACACAGUAUCACACUAUACAUACACAGUAACUGCAAGAAUCUGCCCCAGAAAACCCCAUUCCGACUUAGCCAUGCAUGUAGGUCAUUAGCUUCACCAAAUAACCCAUGAACUUCACAUCACCCGUAUCAUAUGUGUUUUCCUUGCUGUGUAAUUCCACAGGAGGAAGCGUUGACUGCCUUCAGGAAGACCUUUGAUAAGACUGUGGCCCUGGGACAUCGACUAGACAUUGUGUUCUACCUGCUAAGGAUUGGACUGUUCUACAUGGACAGUGACCUCAUCACGCGUAACACUGAGAAAGCCAAAAGGUAGUUUGGCUAAAAGGCACUGCUUCUCUCUGCAUUCAAUACUCUAUGAUGACAUGCCAUUAAAGGCCUUCACUAACUAUUUAAAGUCUCAUAUUUGUGGUAACUGGCACGGUUUCGAUUUCAUAGCAGCCAGCAACAUUUUGCCCGCCAUGCCAUUGUAUUGACUCUUAUUUAUUGUAAGCCGUUGUUUUUCUAUAUUCUCGUAUUUUGUAAGCAUCAUCAUUUCAAUGUUCUACUUGUUUGUGUCUGCACAGCCUUAUUGAGGAGGGGGGUGACUGGGACAGGAGGAACCGUCUCAAGGUGUACCAGGGCUUGUACUGUGUGGCCAUCCGCGACUUUAAACAGGCUGCUGAGCUCUUCCUGGACACAGUGUCCACCUUCACCUCCUACGAGCUCAUGGACUACAAGACCUUUGUCACAUACACCGUCUACGUCUGCAUGAUUGCCCAGAAGAGGCCUGACCUCAGAGAAAAGGUUGGUAGCAGGAGAGGAAGAUUCUGGAGCCACGUGGUGUUGUCGUCAACAGGGCAUUCAUGUGCUUACGUAAUUCUAGAGUUGGUAGUUUUGCAGACUUUGUACUUACCCUGACAGACGCUAAGACACGUAUGGUUGCAGAGAAACAGAAUUUGUUUAGACAAUACUUUCUACAUGUCAGAACAUGUACAUUUAAACUUGUUUUGACAAGUGAGGACACAUGUUUUAUACAGCUGGCAGAUUUCCAGUUCUGUCAUGACUAUCUCCUGUUGACUGUGUUGUUCUCCCUCAGGUGAUAAAGGGAGCAGAGAUCCUGGAGGUGCUGCACAGUCUCCCUGCUGUCCGCCAGUACCUCUUCUCACUCUAUGAGUGUCGCUAUUCCGUUUUCUUCCAGUCACUGGGUGAGACACCCCUUUUGCUCUCCCCUCAUUUAGUCUUGUAAAAAGUAAAGCUGAAGAAUGAAUGUCCGCAGCCAGUGAGUGCACAUGCAUGUUUCACUAUCCCCCAUUCCUUAUUUGUAAACCAGUUUCUCUGUCCCCUCUUUGCAGCCACAGUGGAGCAGGAUAUGAAGAAGGACUGGCUGUUUGCCCCUCAUUACCGUUACUAUGUGAGGGAGAUGCGUAUCCAUGCCUACAGCCAGCUCCUGGAGUCAUACCGCUCACUCACCCUGGGCUACAUGGCUGAGGCCUUUGGAGUCAGCACAGAGUUCAUUGACCAGUGAGUCUCACGUCUAACUCUUGUUCCAUACCCACAAUGCCGAUUAGUGCUCCAUUGUCUUACGUCAGACAGCGAGACGACUUCAUCUGCACUGAUGGUUGACGACUGCGAGUCGUGUAGGAAUGUCGCCACCUUUCAGAAGACAAUUGGUGCGCUUGAUUACACCGCUACAGAAAAGGUACUGUGAUAACUUAAUUUGUUUUUCCUUCGCUCUCAGGGAACUCUCACGAUUCAUAGCUGCUGGUCGCCUCCAUUGCAAAAUCGACAAAGUAAACGAGAUUGUGGAAACAAACAGGUAAGAAUUACAUUCCCACAUACAUGUAAAACAAUUGGUUUCUUUAUUCGAAGUGGCAGAGCUCAGUGUUGUAUUUUCUUUCCUCCAGACCUGAUAGUAAGAACUGGCAGUACCAGGAGACCAUCAAGAAAGGGGACCUGCUGCUCAACCGUGUCCAGAAGCUGUCUCGAGUUAUCAACAUGUAAAAUGGAUGGCAGUGUUACCAUUGUUCUUUGGGUGGGAGAGCUGGAUUUUUCUGUUGUACCAGUAUCCAAACCAAUUGUGUCUGAAGAAGUGACCCUUAUAUUGUGUAUAUACAAUUCUUUUCGGUGACUUCGGUUUCCUUUGAUACAGACUUGAAUGAAAGAGUUAACGAUUUUACAGAAAUAAAAUCAGUAAAGAAGCGGCGCAAGUUUCUGUUUAAAUAGCUGUAUAAAUAAUUUUUUAUUUACAGAAACCUGUUACAAAACAAAUAGAAUAUACAAUCUUUUCUUUAAAUAUUAAGUAAAUCUAACCUACAAUGUUUGUUCAUGAAUUACAUAGCAGCCAAUACACAAGUCCAGCUGAUCAAAUGAUUCUGAUAAUGUAUACAAAAAAAAAACUACACGCUCUUACGUACUGAGGAUAUUUUCCUUCCACAAGCUGUGUUGUCUCACUUUCACAUUCCAAGUCUGUGGUACUUGACAAAAACAUCUUUGCAAAGUUUCCAUCACAUAAAAACAAGGUUAGCGUUUUCAGUGGGAGGUUGAGGGUAAACAAAACACUUUACUGAACCUGUUACAAGCAAUUCAUAACCGACCAGGGAGCUUAAACACCCCCUGGUCUGCACCAAUUUCAGACGUCUCAUCUGGAAAACGUUGAUAAAUCAGAAGGACAAAACUUAAGUGUUUCAUACCAGCUAGCUGACAAGGUUUUUUUCUUUAUUUUACCACAUUUAGGGUUCAUAGGCAGAUUUUAAAAGCUAGCUCCUAAAACACAACAGUCAAGGUAAAACAAAUUAAAAAAGCUCUGUCCUCAAGCAGUCAGUGUGAAACAAAUUCAGGCACUUUCUUAUUUCAACAUUUUGAAAAGCUGCAAACUAAGAAUUUCCUUAAAAUGCUGUGCUUCAAAUUAUGUUUGGCAACAAUGACGCAAGCAGAUGCACUGUUUGAAGUGUUCCAUCUACAUUGCUUUAAAUGAUUGCUUAAGUCCCUUCAGCCUUAAAGGAAAGUGUUUCAAUGAUGAAAUGUUAUUAGGUCUACAUCUACAGAGGCUGUGUUUACACAGGCAGCCC